CCAGGCCGGCAGACCGGCGUCACUGCCGCGACGGCGCCGCGCUGGCGUCACCGCUCAGCCCCCCCGUGUUACGUCACCACAGCGCCCGCUUGCGGUGAUGUCAUCUCGGCGCGCCGGCUCUCUGCUACCGCAGUCCGGGACCAGCCCCUCCAUGUGUCAGGCCGGUGAGGAUUACGCGGGGCCGGCGCAGCGGGAGCCUCCGCCCGUUCCGCGGCCGAGCCGGGAGCAGAAAUGUGUGAAGUGCGCAGAAGGCCUGCCGGUGGUAGUAAUACGAGCGGGAGAUGCCUUCUGCAGGGAUUGUUUCAAGGCAUUCUAUGUCCACAAAUUCAGAGCCAUGCUUGGGAAAAACCGGGUCAUCUUUCCUGGCGAGAAGGUGCUCUUGUCCUGGUCUGGGGGGCCUUCGUCCAGCUCCAUGGUCUGGCAAGUUCUUGAGGGCCUGAGUCAGGACUCUGCAAAACGGCUACGCUUCGUGCCAGGAGUCAUCUAUGUUGAUGAGGGAGCAGCCUGUGGCCAGAGCUCAGAGGACAGAGAGAAGACGGUGGCUGAGGUGAAGCGGAUCCUGAAGAACAUUGGCUUCCCGUGGCAUGUGGUUGCCUUAGAAGAGGUGUUCAGCUUGCCACCAUCAGUGCUAUGCUGUGCUUCCCAGCAGCCAGCAGGGACAGAGGAGGCCUACAAGGCAGCUGUGGACAGCUUCCUGCAGCAGCAGCAUGUGCUGGGGGCUGAGGCCUGUGCCAGCCCGGCUCAGGGAGAGGAUCAGCUGCAUCCACCCCACAGCCAGGAGCCCCCAAGCACGGCUGGGUACCCCAAAGCUGCUCAGACUGAGGCCUUGUCUAGGUUGUUCAACUCCAUAAAGACACUGACAGCCAAAGAGGAGCUUCUACAGACCCUGAGGACCCACCUGACUGUGCAUGUAGCCCGAACCCAUGGCUACUGCAAGGUGAUGACAGGGGAGAGCUGCACCCGCCUGGCCAUCAAGCUUAUGACCAACCUGGCCCUGGGGAGAGGCGCCUUCCUCGCCUGGGACACGGGCUUCUCAGAUGAGCGACAUGGGGAUGUGGUGUUGGUGAGGCCCAUGCGGGACCACACACUGAAGGAAGUGGCCUUCUACAACCACCUGUUUGGAGUCCCCUCAGUCUUCACACCAGCCAUUGAUACCAAGGCUCCAGAAAAGGCUAGCAUCCACCGGCUGAUGGAGGCCUUUAUCUUAAGGCUGCAGACUCUGUUCCCCUCUACAGUUAGCACCGUGUACAGGACAAGUGAGAAGUUGGUCAAAGCUCCCCGGGAGGGCUGUGCCACUGGCUCCUCAGGCCCCAGCUGCCUCCUCUGCAUGUGUGCCCUGGACAUUGACAAUGCUGACAGUGCCACGGCCUUUGGGGCUCAGUCCUCCUCACAUCUCUCCCAGAUGCUGACUACUGAGGCUGGGAUGCCUACCCGGCCCUCCUGUGGUGCAGGGGAGGGUCAGGCCCAGAGCUGCCAUAGGGCAGUCGGCAAGAGGGGGGAUGCAUGGACCUGCAUCACAGAGCAGUUAUGUUACAGCUGCCGGGUGAACAUGAAGGACCUGCCUUCCCUGGACCCACUGCCACCCUACGUCCUGGCUGAGGCUCAGCUCCGCAGCCAGAGGGGCUCGAUCUCUGAGGAAAUCCAGGAGUAUCUGAUUACAGAUGAGGAGAAAGAGGAAAACAGAGCUGAGUCAUGCGAAGUCAUGAAGCAGGAAGGCGAGGACAAAGGGAUUGGUCUGUGACGGUCCAUUUGUAUAAAUAAAAAUGUUUUACUUAGAAAA